GGGUGGUUCUACUUCAGCAAAGUUGCGGAUGUGGACCAUAAGCCGACAGCCGCGUACAGCGGGGGCUACUUCGACGCCUUUCGCCGCGGAGUCGACUCCCUCGUGGAAAGCGAACACGAGCGCACCAAUUUUGGCGCGCAAUUGCAGCAGGAGGUGACGUCGAUGACAGAUCAUAUGCAAUACAAAUUUCCCGCACAUGUACAAAAAUGCAAAUUGAAAUUUCAACAACUUAGAAAAAGCAAUUGGUCAUGCUGGAGAGGUUCAAGGAAGAGCUUGUGCUUGUCAACAUGUGGAAGCCACAGAAUUUGCCCGUGUGCAGCGGGAAAUUAGAUUUACUGUGGAUAGUCGUGGUUGCGCUUGAACCUACAUCAAUGGGAAGAGGUCCUCCAGCACAUCACGACUAUGCCCCGACCCGCAAAGAAACGUACGUGCGGGGUCUGCUCGAAGGCACGGAUGUCGUUCCCGGGUUGCAAAGCGGAGAACCCGUAUGGACCAAAUCAAAUGUGUACGAGCAGCUGACCACGCACGCAGGAAAAGCGGUGCCACGACUCGACUCGAAAAAAAUGAAGCAGGACAAGCAGGGCAAAGAGAAAGACCACGACGAUGACGUUAUUUCCGAUAGUGAAGAUCAAGAGCAAGAGGUUAGUCCGGAACAGAACAACAUUGACGGCGAAAGUAAUAGAUUUUCUUCCUACCAGGUACGGUCCAGCCCCGCGGUCGGGGCCAAGCUUCCGCUCACGCACGGUUCGCUGGGCCGCCUUUUGGAGCAGGACGUUCUGGCGGGGCAGGAGACGGAGCCCCUGCGCAAAGAGCUGCAGCCCCUCUGGAAUCGCGUCUACUCGGCGGAGCACGUCGAUUACCUUGGUUUGUACCCCCUGAUGCGGCGCGGGCUGCCGCGAAUUUUGGCGUUUGCGGUUUAUCAAAUGUAAAAGUGUCUGGGUCUGGAAGAUUCUGACACUUGUCAUGCACGUUUUGCAUGAGCCAUGAUGUCUGUGAUGCAUAUCCUAGCAAUACAGAUUUUCUACUGAGGGUUUCCUGAUGCCUUUUCCGCAUGAAAAAUGCCUUCUCAGCGGAGCAAAAAUUGCAUUCCCUUUGGUACUCAUGCAAUACAGAUUUUUUUGGAAUCCAAAUGCAGCAUCACAAGUUGCAUUCUUCCAGACCCAGACAUUUUUACAUUUGAUACGGUUCCCCGCUUCACAAUGGACCUGGGCGACUGGAUUUGGCGCGCCGCGGGUCUUAUCCUGUGCAAAAGUAUCGUACUUGUAUUGCAAUCAUGCAUUACAAAUUUUUCUCUUAAGGUAAAUCUGCACUACAAAUUCUAUUUCUCAUGCUGAUGAAAUUUGUAAUGCAUUUAUACGAGUACGAUACUUUUGCAGUCCAUAGGUCUACUCCCUCAGUCGUGCUCCAUGGAAAAGGACUUUCCCACACUGAAUUGGCAGGACUACAGCCAGGAUGCAACAGCACCCGGUGGCGGGCCGCAGACAAGCGGUUCAACAUCUGGCGAGCCCGGGGAACGCGAACACGAUGCGCAAACGGAAGAGUUUUACCGGGACUGCGCGAUGUGGGGCACGGCCUCGGAGGACGUUUUCCUGCAAGACAUCGCUAUCCAGGAAAAAAACACUCAUCCCCAUCCAAUUUGUCAUGCAAAACAUGCAUAAAGUCAACUAUUUGCCAUGCAAAAAAUGGAUGGGGAUGGGUGUUUUUUCCUGGAUAGUCGCCGGCUACUUCGUGCACCCCACGCCCUCGGGACUAUCAAAUGCAAAAGUGUCUGGGUCUGGAAGAAUGCAAGAUUUGUGAUGCAGUUUUUCCAUGACCCAUGAGGCCUGGAAUGCAGCACCUAGCAUGACAAACGCUGUGAGGUGUCUAUCGUGCCUAUCCUGCAUGAGAAACUCCCUGUCGAACUGGUCAAAAGUGGACAUCUUUUGGUAAUCAUGCAACACAGAUUUUUGCAUGCUCCAGAUUCAGCAUGACAAGUUGCAUUCUUCCAGACCCAGACAUUUUUACAUUUGAUAGGGACGGCUCGCGACCAACGGCCUGGACCGCGGCAAACCGGGCCUGGUUGCGGCCGGGAAAGAAAACGACGACUUCCGGCUAGACGAAGAGGAGGACUACGACCUGCCCUUGGAAAAACAACCUGUUUUCGGCCGCCUGCACGACCACGACCGCUACUACAAGUCCGAGGACCAGAAGUCCUCCCAAGAAGAAGCUUCUUACGACGCGAAGAAGCGGAAUAAGAUUGAGCGAGUGCCGAGCGGGCUCGUCGCGCUCGCACAGUCGUUGCAGGCUGCGCAAAACAGCGGGACGGGGGCGGUCGCCACGGUCGUUUUGCCCACCGUGCGGAACCCCGAGGCGGGGCUGUCUCCCGACGGGACCGGUGGCUCGGUCCAAUUCACCCUGGCCUACUUGGGUGUGACCGAGGUGUGGGCGCGCGAGGUCUGGGUGACCAUGAUUGAACCCAUGCUGCGGCCCGAGGUCGUGGGGCGAUGGAGCCUGGAAUACCGCGACUGGCAGGAGGGGGUGCACCUGGUAGAGCACUGCCACCAACUGGCCAAAUACAUCGCCAUCGCGCACCGCAUAGACCGCAUCGCGCGCAGGGAAAAGGCCGAGCGGGACAGAAAGAACAACACCGAGGAGGGCGCCGGCGGGGGGAACAAUAAAGACCAAGACGAGGAUUGGCUUCACAAGUCCUGGGCAGCCACGCAACACGCCUUCCAGGGCGGUUGGCGUUUGGUCCGAAGAAAGGCCACCUGGCUUGCCAGCGAAGCGGAGAAGGCGGCCGUUGGUGCAGAGGAGUACCGGAACCGGCUAUCCACAGAAAAAAACCCAUCCACAUCCAAUUUGUCAUGCAAAACACGUAUCAAGUCAUGUGUUUGCCAUGCAAAAAAUGGAUGUGGCUUGCAUUGGUUUUUUUUCUGUGGAUACCGGCACGACCCCUUCUACUUGUUUGACGGUGCCUCCACCUCCGCGAAGGUCCUGCGCCAGGUACUUGGGACGAAGGCCGCGACCCGGCAGCGGGAAGUCUGCCACAAACUCUACGUGAAAAAGGGCGAUGUGCUGCAGGUUUACCGCGAAGGGGACCCCUAUGGAUGUGUCAGAGUUGAAAUCGACAAAGUUGAAAUAAUUUGCCAUGCAUAAAACGGAUACCAGUUAGACCUACAGUUUGUAGUCGGUGCAUGACAAAUUUUCCCGGUCCUGGAAGCGAGUCUGUCAUGCGGUUUAGGGUAAAAGAGCUGCCUUCUGUCAUGCUAGUUAGCAGUCCAACUUUUGACCCUUGACAGGACUAUAAUCUGCCUCCCGUGGGUCCUAUGCAAUAGAGUCACUUCUUGUGUCGCAUUUUAUGCAUUACAAAGUAUUUCAACUUUGACGAUUUCAAACCUGACGCUUCCAUAACCCCGCCACGCACUGGCGGGGCUUUCCCUCCUGGGUGAUCGAACGGAAGCUGGGCUGCGAGCACUUUCCGCACCUGCUGUGGCGCAAGGCCCCCUACGAAGCGUCGCUCGGCCACGUGCCCCCCUGGUGCGCACACUUGUUGGACCACCUGGUGCGGUAUGUUGUGCGGAAAAAAGUAGCGGACGUGCAACAUCACAAUAGAAAAUUCUCGUCGAGGUACCCCUCGUUUCUGAUGAAAAGGCACAUGAACCCUUUCGACCUGAAUUACCGCCGCGAUCUGUCUUCAACACAGCAGCUCUCCGCGGCGGGACGACGGGCCGAGGAGAUGGAUGCGCGAGCGGGCCACUCACUUCAGACUCUGGACGUCGCUGGGAAGGAGUCCUACACCCAGAUUCACGUCCCGGACUGCAGCCGGGCCGCCCCGUUUCGGGACCACACCGCGCUUAUGCAUUGCAAAAGUAUCGUACUCGUACUCGUAGAAAUGCAUUACAAAGUUACUCAGCAUGAGAAAUGAAAUUUGUGAUGCGGAUUUAGCUCAAGAAAGAUAUUUGUAAUACAUGAUUGCAAUACGAGUACUUUUGCACAGCAUAGCGCUGGCGCACAGCGACGACGGGUGUGUGGAGACAAAGUACAGCAUCUUGCGGGUAUCACAAAUGCAAAUACGUCUGGGUCUGGAAACUUGUGAUGCUAAAAUGUGGAUGAUGGAAACAGUUCCGAAUGCAACCUAGCAUGACAACUUUCCAGAUCGCUUUCUCAUAGGCAAUCCGCAUCAGAAACUGCGUGCUUUCAUUGUACAAAAGAGGCUGCAGCGACUGUUGUAGGUUAUACAAUACAGAUUUCCUAGGUAUGGAAAGCUAGCAUUACAAGUUCAAGUUCCAACCUUCCAGACCCAGAUAUAUUUGCAUUGCAUAGCGGGCCACCAAGCACAAUGUCGCACUGGCGUUGAUGUGGGUGGCGUGGUUUCGCAUUGCGUAUGGUGGAGUGAAGCACUACGAGGAGGAGCCCUCGUAUGGAAGCGUCAGGUUUGAAAUCGUCAAAGUUGAAAUAAUAAUAAUUUGCAAAUGCAUAAAAUGCAUGACCCGCGGUACGUGUGUUGCAGAGCAGGCAAGUGAGGCCGAUUGUAAGCCUAUUUGGGUUCACAGCUCGAGCUGCUAAAGUAGCAUGUAGAAAACCAUUCUUCUUUGCCUAAACAGCAUGACAAACGGGAUUUAGGGACCACCGAAAUUUGUCAUGCGCCAUUUGGAAACUGAGUGGCAACUGGCGUCCAUUUUAUGCAUGGCAAAUUAUUUCAACUUUGACGAUUUCGAUCCUGACACACCCAUACCUCGUUUGUUGGCGACGACGGACAGCGAUACAGGAUUGUUGCGAGAAGCAAGAAGAAGAAGAACAAAAAAAACGAGAACGAUGUGGAAGAUCAUCAGCACGAGGAAAUGAAGAGCAUAAAGAACGCAGCAUUUUUGCAAGAAGAGAGGAUAUCCACAAAAGCGAUUUUGCUGAACAGGAACGCUACCGAGUACAAGAGGAGGAACAGAUAUCCACAGUAAAUUUUCCGCACACGACAUAGACAUACAAAUGCGGUCUCUGCAUGACAAAGCUUGCCUUCCAUCCUAGAUAGCGUGACAAGUGGCAUGCUCUACUAAGUUGGCAAAAUUUGUGAUGCUUUUUGUACAUCAACAAGUGCGGGAAAUUUACUGUAGUGGAUAACCGAGCUGAUGCUGCUGCUGCAAGAAGAGCAAGAGCCGAAGCUCGCAAAGCUGCCGCGAAGAAGAAAACACUGGAGCUGUCGAACUUUCUGCACCACAACUUCGCGGACGCCGGCCCGCACUCCGUGAUCGGUGCCUACGUAAAGGUGAUGCAUGACCGGCUGGAUUUUUUGCUGAAGCAAGAGGAGAGCACGUUCGGGACGAAUAAAAAACGACCACUUGAAAUAUACGCAAAGCUCUCCUCUUCCAUCUCGCACGUAACGGGCAAGGACUUCGCGGCGAUAUCCCUUCUGUCCCUGCUGCGCAAUUCGGUGGUGGCUUUGCACGACUACACGCCGCUCGGGGCCUACCUGCGUUACGUGCAGUCCGCAGCCAACGCGUUUCAGUGGGAGCACGUGACGACGGGCCUGUGGGAGCGGCGCCAGGAGGAGCUGGCGACGCUGAAGCGGGUGCGCUCUGGGACCUGGCACCGGCUCUCCCCGAUGGUUACCGACGAUGACAUAACCUGGGGGCUUGCGGAAGCAGAGCUGAAAGAAAUUCAUCGUCCUAGCAGGAAUAAACCCUUUCUACGAAAGAACUUGUGGAAGAACAAAAACUACAGAAAUAACGCGGGCCCUUCGGCCCCCAACUACGGCGACGAGAGCGAAGCAGAUGUUGGCCACAGUUCGACGGCCUCGUCGCUGUUAUUCUCGCUCGACGGGCUGCCCAGCCGCGUCAUCGAGCAGCGGUUAGUGCAUCUGAUCGAACGCGCACUGCACUUCCCUGCCGCCCUGGCGGUGGACGUAGCAGCGGCCGACAGCCCGGACGACGUUAUCGACUUUCUUUCCACAUGGAAGACGCUGACCCCCGAGGAAGAGGACUGGGUGCUCUCCCGCGAAGACAAAAAGCUACUUCUAUUACAAUGAAAAAUGCCCCCACCGCCGAACUUGGGAGCAUUUGUAUUGCAAACCUUUCCAAGAGAAACAUUCGCCCUCUUGCAUCUAGCAGCAUCACAGAUUUCCAAUCGUGAUGAACAAUAGCGACAAUUUGUAUUGCAAAAGAUCCCAGCAAAAUCGGCGCUUGUCAUGCAAGCAAUGCUAUAUACGCCCAGACUCUGCAUCACAAAGAUUCAUAUUCCUUUCACGCAUGACAAAAUAAAAGUUUUUAUUUGGAGACUUCGCAUCACAAAUUAUUGCAACUUUGGGGGUGGGGGCAUUUUUCACUGUAAUAACUUCUCGGAAAAGAGGACACAGGCAAAGCCACUGCAUCCACACGCCACCUCCACGACGCUGCCACGAAGGCGAAACUGCAGCGCGCCCAGAGCGCCGCGGGACAAAACCAGCGCGAGCGGUGGUCGGUGCUGUAUACAUUGCAAAUAUGUCUGGGUCUGGAAGAAUGCAAACUUGUGCUGCGCAUUUCACAACACAGAAAAAUCUUUCAUGCAUAGGCGGCAAAAGCUGCCCACUGCCACUAGUUUCUGUCACCAAAGUGGCGCAUUUCUCACGCGGUUUCGGCAUUGCGGAAGCCUCUCGAAACCUGUGACGCUAGAGCUUCCAUGACCCAGACCCAGACCUUCUGUGUCAUGCAAAAGCAGCAUGACUCUUCCAGACCCAGACAUGUUUGCAUUUGAUAUGCUGCACCUCGGCGCGAAACACGUGUACGAGCGCUGGUUGCCCUAUGGAUGUGUCAGAGUUGAAAUCGACAAAGUUGAAAUAAUUUGUCAUGCAUAAAAUGGAUGCCAGUUGGAACCCAGUUUCCAAGUGGCGCAUGACAAAUCUCGGUGGUCCCUAAAUCCAGUUUGUCAUGCUGUUUAGGCAAAGAAGAGUCAUUUUCUCAUGCUACUUUAGCAGCUCGAGCUGUAACCCCAAACAGGCUUACAAUCGGCCUCACUUGCCUGCUCUGCAACACACGUACCUCGGGUCAUGCAUUUUAUGCAUUACAGAUUACUUCAACUUUGACGAUUUCAAACCUGACGCUUCCAUAUGCCCCACAUCGUGACUCUGUUUCGAGGAAAAAUCGAAGCGCACACGAGGAAGGAAAAUAAGAAGCAGGAAAAGGACCACGACAGGGGCGAAGCUGACGGGACGACAACAGUUGGACGACACAAGAACCAGAACGCCAGUCGUGAAGAACAAGACCGCAAGCCAGAACAGAACUUCUACGAAGCCGAGUAUGGGCGGCGGAAAAAACUGCUGGACCAAGCCGACGAGGCGAGCAGGUCCCGUUGGGAAUUCUUCCGCUCGUAUGGGGAUGAAAAAGCCGAGGAAGAGAUGCACCGCUUGCUGCUACUCGGAGAUCCGAGUGAACAUGCUGCACACGAUCAUGGUGGCACGUCUUAUUACAUGAUGAAAAAUUCCGUGCCAUAUGAUAGAAGAAGUAGUCCUGGUCCGGCGGCUACGAUGAACAACAGGAGGAACAGCAAUCAACACCUUCAUGAUCAUGCGGAAGAUGUUGAGGUUGACGAUGUGGAUGUUGUGACGAGUCCUCGUCCUGGAUCUUCAUUUAGUGAAGUUCCGGACCGCGACGACCAGGGACACUACGAUGACGACUUGGAGGAUAAUUUUUCCGUCCCUCCCGCGGUGGGCUACGAGUUCGAGGUCGAGGAGCAUAUUAUCGACGAAGUGAUGCCUGAGGAGGGAACGACGACCAAUGACCUGCUACGGAGAUCGCAGUUGGACCGCUUGAGUAGUAGAACUGCGGAACAUAGUACUUCCACCUCGCCGUCCCUUUUCAGCGGAGAGGAUGAGGUAGUGGAGGUGUAGGAGGCCAUGAUGUUGAAAAUGGUAAUGGUGCGAGGUGUGAUGUAGGAGAAGCGCCACUGCAGAAAACCAUUUCUUAACUUUUGUUGUGUCGACAACAUGCUGGUGCUAUUAAUAACGCUAAAAAUAUGCAAGAUGAAUGAUAGAUAAGAAUCACACAUGAUAUGAACAACUUUCGAAGUGACACUCGACACUGCAGCUAGUAAUGCUGCAAUGACUUUUUUGACUUAUGAAACUACUCGUAUUGGAUUUCAUCGUUUUCCAGGAUAGAACUCAGUGAACAGCAGGACAGAACUUCAGACUUCCUUCCACGCAAUUUUUAUGUAUGACUUGACUGGCGGUGGCUUCGACGCUGACCUUGAAAAGCUCAUCAGCAUUUAGCGCUCCCCAUAAUUUGUCCCGUUCUUCCCUUUAUGUAGCGACGCUUGUCCACUUUAUAAAGUUUCUCUAUUGUUUCAUCUGAAUGCUACGCGGAUCGUACUAUGAAUUUAAUAGAAUCCAACAUGCUAUUGAUGAGAUAAUACUAAAACUCAAAACUUCUUUAUUCCACCAGUAUGAACGACAAUAUCUUGCGCACCGUAAUAUCAUGAACGAUUGGCUAGAAAAAAAACUUUCGAAUUAACUGUACACGAAGAGCAGGAAGUGCGGUCGUUUCGCCAAAAUCAAUGUACACAUGCAGAGACAAGACGAAAAUGACGGCUACACGACCAUACUUGUUUGCGCUGAAUGAUUAGUAGCUUCCUUUAGCAGCUAUAACAAUUUAUUUUGUGACUCCUUCUGAGCCUGUACAUAAGUCCGACUAAACAACAGAAGGGGCGGCAACAUACAAACAAAAAA